AUGCGGACCUUCGACGCCUUUAUGCACAACAAGGUCGUCCUCUACGCGCGGGACCUCGCGACGUACGCGGGGCCUUUAAUCGCCGACGGCAUCCCGCUCAUGCUGCGGUCCUCCGUGGACGCCGACGGCGCCGACGUGCUCCACCUCGGGCUCCAGGUCGAGGGCGUCGUCUUCGAGCUCGUCGGCGCCGCGGGCGACAUGCCCGGCGUCGACGCGCCGGCGUGGAGCGCGGACGAGUGCCCCGCGGCGCACGCGCUGCCCUUCACGCUCGCCUAUCUGUCGGACCUCGUCGGCCUCGCGGACGACGCCGACGACGACUUCGCGCUCUACGCGAACGAGCCGCUGCUGGCCGUGACGCUGGGCGUGACGCAGCACGGCGUCACGUCCGCGGGCGCGGCCGCGCGCUACGAGCACGCGGCCGUGCUCACGGGCGCGUCCCACAACGUGACCCACGACUCGGCGACGUGCGUCGUCGUCGACAUGGGCUGGGACUCGCAGCCGGGCGUCGCGAUCCGCUUCGUCGACAACCUGGCGGCCCCGAGCGGGUCGCGGUCCCUCGCGGACUACGACGCCUACGUGCGCCGCGACCACGAGGCCUUCCUCUACGAGGACGGCGAGCAGAACCCGGACGGCUGGGACCGGUACCUGGACCAGCACCUGGGCAUCUGGUACUCGGGCGGCGAGGCGAGCUGCCAGGCCCGCGCGUCCGCGCUGCGCGUGCUGCUGGCGGACGUGCCGUACGCGGAGAGGCAGCAGCCGGACGCGCACCUGUUCUACGCGGGCUACGACGGCCCUUUUGCUUUGGAAUACCAGUUCGAACACUGCGACGCGGACCGCGCGGACGCGCCCGCGGAGUGCGGCUGCACGGGCAACAACAACGAGGACACGUGGUACAACCUCACGGGCGACACGUGCUGGGCCAUGGGCGACGACUGGUGCGAGUAA